AUGGGUGGCGUAAAGAACGAUGCCAUCACGCGUAUCGUGGUGCCAGCGCACGCCCAGCAGGUGCUGCCGAUGAACGGCAAGUUUUCCCCGCUGCACAGCUUGACCAAAUUUGUGUCUAUCGAUGGCGACCACAGGUUCACCUUCGAGCAGAUGUUGUCGGACGCCGAGCUCGUUCACGCGAAGCUGGCGCCCAUUAUGCGUUCGUUGUACUUUCGUAUUUUCAGGGUGAACCUCGACUCACCCUGCCCCCUAAGGGAGAGGAACGAUAUCUGCUCCCACGGCAACGACGGCGUCUCGGAUUUUGAAAAUGACGCUAACGGACCGCUAGACAGCGGUGAAUGCGUUCCCAAGUGUUACGUCGGCCGCUGCCAACCACACGAAGUGACCAGUAACGCCACGCUGCAAGCCCUGGAGCACUUCGUCCUGAGGUAUUCGGAGGACGACAAGUUCGCCGAGCUAGAUUUGAAUGACCUCUACUCCAACAACCACUGGUACACCGACAUUUUGGGCAUACACUCGCAGCGCGAGGACAAGCCCGUGUAUGUCGACCUGCUGCACAACCCCCCAUCGCAUACUGGGUACCGCGGGGGAGACGACUGGAACCAAAUAUACGACCUGCAGUGCGAUUGCGGUGACGAAGUUCCCUGCGACCAAACGGAGCAUCUGUUCCGGCUCAUCUCCGGCAUGCAGUCCUCCGUGGCUGCCUGGGCCGCCUGGAACUACAAGUGCGUCAACCCUGUGGCAGCCUUCCAGCUGAAAAGCGAACUGCCGCGCUACGUCAGCAAUCCAGACUUGUACGCCAAGAUGCUUGGAAACUACCCCGACAGGAUGGAGAACAUGUACUACGCGUUCCAAGCACUUCUCAAAACGGUUUGCAGGCUGUCGCCAUUCCUCACCGGUUUUGCCAAUAACCUCGGCCAACACCCUGAGCACGGAUAUUUGAAGCAACAUCUCAUGGACUUUUUGAGCGCCGAGUACGACCUUUGCAGUGACGUCGAGCCCGCGUACAACCCGCACCCGCGGGAGGUUUGCGAACCGACACAUACGUGCGUCUCGUCGCCGCAGCUGAAACACCCGGUGCUGCUGCAGAAGUUCAAGGGCAUCGCGGAUAUCGUUGACUGUGUGGGCUGCGAAAAGUGCCGCCUGCACGGCAAGCUAAAGCUCGCGGCCCUGCAGAUUGCAGUGCGGGCGUUCGGCCAGGCCGAGCAGCUGGUGUUGGAGCGCAACGAGAUAGUGGCGCUUCUUCACGCCCUCGACUACUUCGCGCAGUCGAUCAUUUUCGUGCACAAAUUCGACGAGCAACAGAAACGGCAGCUGGUGCUGUACCCGCUGAGGGCGGUGGCGGCACUGCUCCUGAUAAUAGUUGUUGCGUACCGCAACGAGCUCCGGAGAGCGUUUUGCCAACGCUUCCCGGAACGGCGGAGCCGCGAGGCAGAGGUUUCUAACUAA